CCAUGUGCCACAGCAGCUCCUCUCACACUUACGCACUCACGCACACACACACACAGAAAUCCGGAAUCCGCUCACAAAGGCACCUCCGCUUUCCACUUGAUUAUUCUCGACUCUUUUUCACUCCGACAACAUUACAGGAACCGCGACUGCAGCUCGUGCGUUUUCAGUUUCUAUUUUACAGACACUGAAAACCUCGUUUUGCUUAUUUCCAUUGUUCUUUAAUUCUAUUCAUGUCCCCCUUUUUAAGCCCUGGAAGUGUUAUUUGUGAAUAUUAGUACUAUUCUUUUUUCUUUUUUCCCCGAACACAAGGACGCGGUGUGCAGCAACACGCGAAGAGCGACCUCGACUUCUGCAGACAUGUGUUUAAGACGAGACUCUGAAUUAAAGACCCUGCUCACGGUUUUGGUUUUCGCUGCUGUCGUGGCCAAAAUCCACGGACAAGGGCUGGAUGAAAACAAUGGUAUCAGUAAGAGAGCUCUGGAUUCAGAGUUUUUCACACACUCACCAACGCAGGACACGGAGAGUGAAGUCCACCUGGUCACCACUGCCUCACCAGUGAACAUCCCCAACCAUCGGCCUGUUCUCAAGGGGCUGCUGCUUCACGAGCACCUCCUUACGAGGGACUUCCAGGGGGACCAGCAUUUUUUUAGGAGGGACGACUCUGUGGCUGCAUACCCCACCAUGCCCGGCUCCAUGUCUGCCUUGGAAGCAGAAGACCCUGCCACUCAGCUGGUACCUCAUGAAGAUGCACCAGCCUUCUCAGAGAUUGCCACAACUGCUACUGUGGCUGCCACGUCUUCGCUCACCACAUUUUCUCCCACGCCACCUAAACUGCCUAUGUCUCCCCCACAAACAAAGUCCACUAAGGAGAGGACCAUGGAGGCAGACAUGGCAGAGCCAACAACACACUCUCUCACCACUCCAGUGGCUCCAAAUAACAGAGGUUCAGGCAGUGAACACAACCAAUCCUCACAGAGAACUUGGGCUCAAACCACCCUCACACCCUUUACUAUGAGGACGGGAAAAGGGGACGCUAAGGACACGCCACUGAAACACAAAUCCAGCCCCGAUCAUCCACUGCCCAAGCAAAGCCGAGAAGAUGGUAGCAGUAGAACGUCCACAACUGUGACCACAACUACCACCAUCACCAUUACACAAACUUCAGAGCCAUGCAGCCUGAAUUUCACUGACCCAGAGGGAAACAUUGAAAUCUUGCAGCAACUCGACUCUGGAAUUGAGUGCAACUACUUAGUGACUGUUUAUCUGGGAUAUGGCAUCGAGGUUCAGGUGCUAAAUGUGAGCGUGCUGGAGGGAGAGCAGGUGACAGUGGAGGACACAGGCGGCCGAGAACCCUUCAUCCUCGCCAACGAGUCCAUGUUGAUGAGGGGCCUCAUACUACGGAGCCGUAGCAACCAGAUCUCAGUCCGUUUCCGUAGUGACCAACAACACAUCACUGGCUUUCUCCUGCUACAAUACCAAGCCUUUGUCCUGAGUUGUGCAUUCCCCAAAGAGCCUGCUGGUGGAGAGGUUUCAGUGACGCACCUCCAUGCCGGUGGAGAAGCCUAUUUCCAGUGUUUCACCGGCUACAGGUUGCAAGGUCCCAAAAUGCUCACCUGUCGCAACGCAACUACACCUUACUGGAGCGGAAAGGAGCCCCAAUGUGUGGCAUCCUGUGGGGGGAUGAUAAAAAAUGCUACCUAUGGACGUAUCGUCUCUCCUGGUUUCCCUGGCAACUACAGCAACAAUCUGACAUGCCACUGGGUCCUCGAGGUCCCUGAAGGCCACCGGCUCCACAUUCACUUUGAGAAGGUGGCCCUGGCAGAGGAUGAUGACAGGCUGCUGAUAAAGAACGGCAACAACAUAGACUCUCCACCUGUGUAUGACUCGUAUGAGGUGGAGUAUUUGCCCAAUGAGGGUGUUCUCAGCACUGGACGUUACCUGUUUGUAGAGUUCACCACAGACGGUACAGUGACGUCCACUGGUGCAGCCAUCAGAUAUGAAGCUUUUGCAAAAGGCACAUGUUACGAGCCCUUUGUGAAAUAUGGCAACUUCAGCGGCAGUGACUCCACUUACAGCCUGGGUGCAGUGGUUGAAUUCUCGUGUGACCCCGGCUACACGCUAGAGCAAGGCUCCGUGGUGAUCGAGUGUGUCGAUGCAGAAAACCCACAGUGGAAUGAAACGGAGCCAGCCUGUAGAGCUGUGUGCAGCGGGGAGAUCACAGACUCUGCUGGUGUCGUGUUGUCCCCUAAUUGGCCUGAGACCUAUGACAAGGGGCAGGACUGCAUCUGGGGCAUCCAUGUAGAAGAGGACAAGAGGAUCAUGCUCGACAUCCAAGUCCUCCACAUGGGUAAGAAUGACCUGCUGACCUUCUACGACGGCGAUGACCUCACUGCGAACAUCCUGGGCCAGUACAGUGGCACGCGGCCGCGCUUCAAGCUCUAUACGUCCAUGGCUGAUGUCACGAUACAGUUUCAGUCGGAUCCCGCCACCAACAUUUUUGGCUACAACAAUGGUUUUGUGGUGCACUUCUUUGAGGUGCCAAGGAACGACACCUGCUCUGAGCUGCCUGAGGUCACUAACGGCUGGAAGAGCACGUCCCACCCCGACCUCAUCCACGGCACUGUCGUCACCUACCAGUGUUACCCUGGAUUCCAGCUGGUCGGCUCUGAGAUCCUUAUGUGCCAGUGGGAUCUCACAUGGAGCGGUGACGUGCCAAAGUGUGAGGAAGUGAUGACAUGUCGGGACCCUGGAAAUGUGGAGCACAGUCGUAAAGUCAUCACAGGCAGCCGCUUCACUGUUGGAUCGACGGUGCAGUUUACCUGCAAUAAAGGCUACGUCCUGUCAGGCAGCAGCCUCCUCACCUGCUACAACCGCGAUUCAGCAGCACCCAAGUGGAGCGAGAGGCUGCCCAAGUGUGUCCCUGAGAAGUACGAGCCUUGCAGGAACCCUGGUGCUGCCUCCACCAGUGUGCAGAGCUCUGAAAAGGCCUUUUACCAAGCAGGAGAGACGCUGACCUUCUCCUGUCACCCGGGCCACGAGCUGCAGGGUGAGGCCACCAUCUACUGCGUGCCCGGACACCCUUCACAGUGGAACAGCACUCCGCCUGCAUGCAGAGCAUCUCCAUCCCAGUCUGUGAAUGAACAUAAACUAGAUGUUGUCAAUAGGGAUUACGGUGUGGAGGGAACUAAUAUUACCAUGGCCAUCUUCAUUCCAACUGCAAUCAUCUUGGUGGUUGUCCUCGGGAUUUAUGUCUACUUUGCAAAACUGCAGGGAAAGUCCAUCAGAAUGCCGACGUCCUCGCCACCGUAUGACAACAUGACAGAAGAGUCGGCGUUUGACAAUCCCGCAUAUGAGAGUGGAGUAAGUACGGACGUCAUGAACAUGCAGGACGUGGAUUCACAGAACACCAGUGUGCUCUCCUGAUCCCUUCCCAUCUGACUGCCACCCCCAUGGUCAUCAUCUCAUGUUUCACCAGUAGAGGGCGCCAUCCACCUCAUCUUUCCUCAACAUGUCCAUCACCAUCAUCAGCCACAGGUUCAACAUGAUGGUGUCGCUCCUAAGAAGGCUGUCCCGUCAUCCAAUCAUGUGUCCUGUCCUUUCAUCUGGAUUUCCACUCCAACAUGUAUAAGUUAUUUCAGCAGUUUGCUGCAUUUUUUUUUACAGCCCUUUUUUUUUUUUACUCAAGAUUUACAUUGUGAAUUGAGUCACAGUAUUUUGUCAACUUUAAAAAAGAAAAACAGUCAUCAUAUAAAAUGUUUGGGAAUUCUUCAUAAGUAACAAAGUAAAAGAGCAGCUGUCUCUCUGACUGGGUUGUUCUGCUAAACUGAAAAAAAGUGUAUCACGCCGGAAAAAGAAAAAACAAUGAUUGACAAACUUACAAAAAAAAAAAACGAAUAAAAAAUGCUACAGUUGGUAACACUCUAAUGAAAUAAGUUCAUCAAGCUCAAGUUAGCAAGUUGUAUGAGUGUUUCCAAUUGAAGUAAUUAGUGCUGGUCCCAACUCAAUACGAUGCUGUGGUGAACUCUACACAGGUUUGAUUGCACGAUCAAACUCCACUUUUCAAGUUUAACAAAACAGAACGAGCAAGAGAGACAGCUGCUCUUUUACUUUGUUGAUUUUGAAAAAUAAAUGAAUCCCAAACUUUUUAUGUGACUGCCAUUUUUUCUAAAGAUGACAAAAUACUGCAACACGAUUGACAAUAUAAAUCUUAUCUAUAAAACACUUUACGAGUGUAUUAUUAAUGUAUUACUUAUUUAUUGGUAGCCCAGUAAAUAUCGUCCAUGUCCCAUCUGUGGGUCCUGAGUCCGUCUCUGUGAAUCACUGCUUUAGAGCCGUAUCUUAUCUGAACUUGUCACAGACCCAUCUGUGAUACAGCAGAGGGUUGCUGUGUGAUGAAUGUCUAUACUGAUAUAUUGUACAGUCUUCUGCUGUUCAUCAUUCUGAUCAUGUGCUGUUCUCUGGCACAUCCUCUCUGCUCUUCUUCUUCCCUCUGCUCCUUCAGCACUGGCAGACUCUUUCUAGAUACUAAGCGCAGUCGGUCGGUUCACUUUGGCUGUGCUGCAGAACAACUCUAAGGUGAGACCUCCCUUCUUAUGCUGAGAGCACAUAUCAUUCACAGCCACAUGUUCUCCCAAUUUCUCACCUGGUGUCACUGCAAAGUUUAUAUAAUUGGCACAUUGAUGUGUGUGUUUUUUUAAUUUUUUUAAUCCUGAGACAUUUCACUAUUUAUAUACAACCGGAACCACUAAAGGGAGAAAAAGGUUUCACUUCUCUAGGACUUUUAUAGCUGAACGUAUUGAGGUUUAACAGCUGUAUAGUAUAUGUUUUCAUAAUUUAUUGAUUUUUGUUUUUAGAUUACUUGUUUUGAUGUUAUUUGUCCUCUUCAUGUCUGGAUAUAAAUUCGUUCACAAAAUAAUCCAUCCUUAAAACACAAGGAUCCAAAUCAACUGUAGUAAAAACCAGCUACCAGCACAUGUACACCAUUUAAAAAAAAAACAAUAAAAACGAGUUUAAGAUGUCAAUUAUAAAGUAUAGCUUAUGUAUAGCAAAAAAAAAAAAAAAAACAAUUUCAAAGAUAAUAUAUGAAAAAAAUGAAGUGUUUUUGGAUUCAUUUCAAACUAGAGUUAAGUACGUUAUGUGCAAAUUAAGAUACAGACUAUACUGGCACACAAGCAACAAAUGCUAUGUCAAAAAUGAAGACGCAACAACAGUUAAUAUGUGAUAAUGAAAAGUAACAGCUGUCCAUCUAAAGUACCAACAUUUCCAACAGCAUUGAUCCUGUUCAUACUGAAUUGUUGACAUCAUUAAUUGUGGUUAGGGUUAUAUAUCUGGAUCAUCUCUUCAUCAAACACCUCAAGGCUAAAUAUUAUAAACAUUUCAAAUGUCCACUGUUUUUUUUGUUUGUUUUUUUGUGAGAUGUACACAUUUUGAAUUUAUAUUUAUGUCGGUGUGUUCUAUUUAAUACCUCAAACAAAGCGAAUACAAACACCAUGGAUACAACAUGAAUGAAAAGGAGCAGAAGGAUCCAUCCAUCCAUUUUCUACCGCUUUAUCCUCGACAUGGGGGUGCUCACACUCGUACCGACAGUCCAUUUAGAGUGUCCAAUUUACUUAAUUACCAUAUUGCAUGUUUGUGGUCUGUGGGAGGAAACUGAAGAACCCGCAGAAAACCCACGCAGAGCAGAAAGAUGGAUAAUCUAAUAUGAUCUGACCCCUAUUACAUAAGAGGUUAAUUAAAACAAAGCACAAAUACAACAGAGGUAAAAGGAAAUAAUGAAGUCUGACACAGCCUCUCACAUCCAACUGUUUCUCGAACACAUUUUGUAAUAUUCCACUCAAAAUAAUUAAAUUUAGUCACGACACAGAAGAGAGCAUCACCCUGAACAAACAAAUCAUUAUACUCUCACAUAAUCGGCUGUAAUUGUAAUUUUAGACUUAGUUUCUUUAGCUUAUUCCAUAAACAGAUUGCUUCACUUUAGUUCUGUAUCUGUUCCGUAUUAAAGAUUCAAUGCAUAGACUUUAUGACCUGAAAAAUCCUGCACUUUUAACAUGGAUGUUUUGUUCUCUUCACUUAGACAGAUAUCGCGAUGUAUCGAUAGACGAUUGUCUUAUCACAGGAAACCAGAAUGUGAUUAUUAUGUUAUUGGUAUCGUCGACCAUGUAUCACGUAUGGUAUCGUGAGGUACCCUGUGAUUCAGGUCAUACCGUCCUCGUUUUAACUGAGUUUGUCUGUCUGGUCUUUUACAGGACAAAAGGAAAAAAAGAUUGAUGAGGUGUCCAUUUAGAGACUUUAAAGCAAGAGUUGCUCGAGCUUUGCCUUUUAGGACCCUCUCUGCACUGUUCAUCCGUUCCUCCAACCCUUUUUUUUCUCUCCUCUUCUGUUCACAAAGUUCCCAUAUUUUACAGUGUGUGGAUUUGUGUAAAUAUGUCCACGGUUAAGCCUGUCAAAUCUGUGGGUCACCAUGGUGAUAUUUUUAUAAAGUCAAUUGCAGAUGGCCGUUGGUGAUUGUAUGUUUUUGAAGACUUUUUGAUGACCAGAGCCAGUAGCAGUUACAGAUGGAGGGGGAUUGUGUUUUGAUUGUUAGAAUCUGUUGGUUACAGAAAAAUUCCCUCUUUCCUUGGAAAAUCUACCCAUACCCAUUGUUUUUUGUUUUUUUUUCCGUAUGUAUGGGUCUUCUAUUUGUAAAUAAACUGCCUGUACAAUAUGAGUGCCUCACGACUAACUAUAACCUGAUAAUCUUUGUAAAUGUUGCAGUUAUUAUUUGGUGCCUGACAUUCACGGCUCGCCAAAUGUGCUCACGUUUUUUCUUUAUUUAUUUCUUUAACUCACACAGUUAUUUUCACAGAGUUAUGAUGUUGGAUAUUUUCCUAAACGAAAGCUCCCAACUGCAUACGAUGAUAAGCUUUGUGUGAGAGAAAAUUCUAAUCUGCCGCCGACUUUAAGUUUAAUUACUCACAUAUUCGCAGAUUCUGGCGAGCAGCGUGCCAGGUCUCAUGCAUAUAGUUAGUAAGCCUUAAGAAAGACGUCUAUUUUGUGUCUUACCAUAAGUUAUGGCUGUUAAUGUUGCACACCAGAUCUGCUUAUAAGAAUAUGUGAGUAAUUAAUCUUAGUUGGCUAAAGAUUAGAAUGUUCUCUCACACUUUGCUUCACUUAUGUCUGCCUCAAAGGAUAAGUAGCAACUUGUCCAUCUGCUCUAAAAUGUGGUUGUGCCUCAACAUCAGCAGAACCUUGGCUUAAACCCAGUGAAAUCCAGAAUUAAGGACAUGAUAUAUACCCUCUUACAGCUGCAGAUUGUUGAGUCAAGCGUUGGUUCCUAUAAGUCCUACAAAUAAAAUAUUGUAGUGUGAAUGGAUAUGUUAUUUUAUUUAUUAUUUCAAGUGUGCGUGUGGUGCAUCUGCUUAUGUUUAAACUUGUACAUAGCCCUCGGAGCCCGACACAUCUUUCUUUGAGCAUCACAGCUGGCGCCACAGCAGGAAACCAAAUCACCUUCAUACAGUGUAUCUAGUGUAAUCUUUCAGUUAAUAAUAAAAUAAAUUGUUUACUGUC